CCCAAGGACAGGGGGUUGUUUAUACAAUAGAGAGCAAAGCACAAGCGCAGACACAGUCCGGGCCUGACUGAAGCCGCAGAGCUCUAGGACCCAGGUGGGAGCGAGUGUUCCAGUAGCAGCGGCUUCAGUGCAAUAUAAAUGCUGAUGUGACUCCACAGCUCAUUCUCAUCUCAUUCUCAUCAUCUUCAGCUUCACUGAGAGCGGCCCCGACAACGACCCCUCAGCGACCCCAGCGGAACCUCCCCGGCCACUCGCGUCUCUCCUGUCCCUCGGCUCCCGGGUGUAUGAGUUAUCUGCCCCCCAGAAUGGUCUGCGAGACGAAUAUCCUGGCGGAUGAUCUCCCGGGGCAGCAGAAAGAGCCGACACUAGUGGCCUCCUCGUCCCACAUGAUGUGGCCCCCACUAGCCAACGGCCCCCCGGCCUCCUCCCUGGCGCCCCCCAGCCUCGGCCCAGAGGGUGUCAGGACUAACGAGCAGCUUUAUAUCCGACAAUUCCACAGCAACGACCAGGAGUCUGCCCAGAGCAUAUUCUAUGCAGGAAUCAAGGAAAGGAUCCUGAGCUCGGCAUUCCGAGGGUUAAAAUACCAGCCCCUCCUACAGAGUUUAUAUGCGGUGAUCAUAAUAAUGUGCUUUGUUGUGACCAAGUCCUUGCUGCUGACGUGCUGUAUGCCCCUCUUUCUAUUGGGCAUGAGGUAUUACUACAGUAGGAAAAUUAUCCUCAAUCAUCUCGAGUGCGCUCUACGCACGGACAUGUCUGAUAUUGAGCAAUAUUACAUGAAACAGCCAGGUUCUUGCUUCUGGGUCGCCGUCCUAGAUGGGAAAGUGGUUGGAAUAGUGGCUGCCCGAGGCAAUGAAGAAGCCAAUGUGGUGGAGUUACGGCGGAUGUCUGUAGACUCCAACUACCGCAGUAAAGGUAUUGCCAAGGCUUUGGGUCGCAAGGUUCUUGAGUUUGCCAUGCUCAACCAUUACUCUUCCAUUGUGCUCGGCACAACAGCAGUCAAGAUCGCAGCGCACAAGCUAUACGAGUCCUUGGGAUUCAAGCAUGUUGGAGUCGUAGAGCACCACAUUGUUCCUGGGAUGACACACUCCUUACUGGAGAGGCUAUUCUUCCAGCUCCGCUACCACCGCUAUUGUCUACAGCUACGAGAAGAGUAAAAAGCAAGUCAGCCUUAUUCUUGCAACUCCACAUGUUUUAUUUUCUUCUAACUUAGUUAUAUAAUGCUUGCAGCUUGUAUUCGGGUAAAUAUCACACUUAACCGGGGUUUUCUUUAGCAGAUGAGCUGUUGCAACACAAGUUCAUGGUACGAUUGCUGGAAGACACGUUACUUUCCAUUAUGCGACUGGUUAGAGGAGGUCCACUAACCUGAUACAUUAACUAACUUACAAACCUAGAUACUGCUCUGUUGUAAAAAAAAAAAAAAAGUAUUUUUCCAAUGUAAAAUAAGAUGGUGAUUUUCCGGUUGGGAUUAAUUCGACUUGAAUUUUUAUUUUUUAAAUCGUGGAGAAUGUGCUCUAACUUUAUCAAUUCAUUUGACCUCUUUUGAGGGACAAUGUGAAAACCAGUGCUUGGAACAAUGCAUGAAGGGAAAGUGUUUGCACGUACACGUUGCACCGCCAACGAGGCACUGAUCUUGCACUUUCUUGGAUGGCAUGUGGCCAACAUCAACUCUGCCAAAACUGGACCUUGGUGCAUCCGGUCACAGUUAUUUGCACUGGAUGCCGUGCCCUUGUGAAGCCAGCAAGCUAUUUUAAACUCUGAGCCUAUGUGUAUAUAGUGUGCAUAAAGACCAAUCCCAAUUUGUCUGGACAUGCAGCUUGGGACAUGUUUCAAAAUAUACAUCAAAAGUGUUUUUGUCUUUUUGUUUCCGGUUUUGGUAUGCUAAUGACGUCACAAUGGUGUCAUUGAAGCACAAAGAUGUUAGCUGUCUCUUGGGGGGGAUGGAACAUGUUUGAUAUCAACAUUUAUUUUUUAAUGAAUAAUGUACAGUCCCUACUGAUCUACUGUAUAUAAUGUUCAAGCAGUUUUCCUGUAAAUCUACCUGCUUUAAUAAUUUCAAAAACUCCGACGUGUACAUGGCAAAUAGCAAUGCAAUGCAGGUUAGGAAUGUGUAUGUACAGUGCAUGCCCAACUGCUAUAGCCAAUGAUUUAUUUUCUCUUAAAAUAUUUGUAAAUAAUGUAGAAUUAGAAUUUUGCAUGAUAUCUCUAUAUAUAUAUGUAGAUAACUAGGUACUGGAUCUCUAUCAUAUAAAAGUAUUUCUGAUGUACAAUUGAAAUUGCAUGGCCAGGCCUUGCUUCCCUGCCCUUUAAAGGAGGCCAUAGGUUUGUAAAUGAUCUUUGCAUUAACGUAAAACCAAGCUUUUCCUGAAACGAUUGUUUAAAUGUAUGAUUUGUCCAUCAACUAAAAAGAUCAUGUCGUCUAGUUGAAGCCAGGAAAACCGUGGGUAGCUGCCUGCUUGGCCCUGCUAAUAAUUGGGCAAUGGAUAGACUUCACUGUGACUGAUAAAAAAUUUCUAACCUGACCGAUUUUCGACUGAUUGAUUUUCGGUCUAUGUCGGAUGAAAAAUUGUUAGAUGCAUGAUCGUUCAGUGCCCACUAACCUCAUGAUGAUUUGCCGGAUUUGUCAGAUCGCACUAAAAUUGGUCGUUAGGGAAAGAAUAAUCUUAAUGUCUAUGGACACCUUAUCGAUGGAAGGAUUUAGCCUUAGGGGGUAAAGAAUUUGCUUCAGUCCACACCUUUAGCUUUUUAUUCAGACCCCAGGAGACUUCCCUGUACCAACUGCUAUCAACAAGAGAUGGUGGUGCCCAGAUUAAAGCUGGCCAUACAUGAAGAGAUCCGCUCAUCUGACGACAUCGCCAAACGAGCGGAUCUUUCACUGAUAUGCCCACCAACGGCAGGACUAUAUCGUGGUAAUCCGAAAAUUCGGCCCUUACAUUACAACAAGGAGCAAUGGAAAAAUUAAACCUUCCCAAUCCAUAUCAUGGCCAGAUAUCGAUCGGGAAGACGCGUCAGAAGCCCCCAUACAUGUGCAAAUAAAUUGCCGAAUCGAAAGGACCGAUAUUGCCAGUCUGCCCGAGUAUGGCCACCUUUAGGGGCCGAUUCACUAACUUCGAGUGAAGGAUUCGAAGUAAAAAUCUUUGAAUUUCGAAGUGUUUUUUGGGCUACUUUGACCAUCGAAUGGGCUACUGCGACCUUCGA